AUGGACGAGGCCACAUAUGUUAUUCCUCAAGUAUCUGAACUUGCUAUGGACCUAAUUGAAGAGGUGAAAAAAAUUAAAGGAAAAGAAAAGAUUUAUGCGGAUAAGGCUUUUGAUGAUAAUGGUGUAUUCAAAGUGGAAGUGGAUGUCUUGGAGGUUGUUUUUCGAGGCAGUCUUAAUUAUUCCCUAUCGGAACAGAAGAAAGAAUCAGUGGCAAGGAAUGGAAAGAGUAAGUUAGUUAUCAACAAGUCCAAGGAGAUGAGGGGAGAUGAUUCCGAUCGAUCAUGGCGGUUGUUCACCUCCGAAGAUAUGAUUCAAGGAUACAAACCUAAGGCUGUUAGAAAAAGGAAGACAUAUGCUAAUAAAGAAAAUGUUGUUGGCAAUUCAAAGAAUAGAUUCACUUAUCCUCUGUCUCCGUUUAGUUCACUAUCAGCUGUGCGUAGGAAGAUGAGUAAUGUUACACGAUCUCCAUUGUCUACAAUAACAAAUGUUUUUGAGGAUUCAAGUUUGAAGAUUCAAAAUUCUAUACUGGAAAAGAAGAAAAUUUCUUUAGAAGAAGCAACAAGAUCACUCUUCACAGAAAAGACUGUAGAGGAAUUUGAUCCCAGGAUCCUUUUACCUGAUGAGGAGUGUAGGACAAGUCAACCUCCUGUGUUUUCAGAUGAUUCUAGCACUGAUGAUGACUAUAACCCAUCAUCUGAUCCGGACAGUGACAGUGGGGAUGAAUGUUCUUUUGAUGGAGAUAUUGAAGUAAACAAGGCAAUUCCAAAGGAAUAUGCAAGCCUUGGCAGUCCAGACGCAUUGUGUUCAAAGUGUGGCGCCCGUAUGUGGAAGGAAGAGAGAGUGAAUAAAAAUGUUACCAAGGGAGCUCCUAUAUUCUCCACAUGUUGCAAGAAGGGUGAAGUUAAACUACCACCAUCACCCCCUACUCCUGCAUACUUACUAGAUCUUUACAACUGUAAUGCACGUGGUCUAGCGUUUGAAAGGAACAUCAGGCUUUAUAAUUCUAUGUUUGCCUUUACAUCAAGUGGUGGUCAUGUUGAUCAUUCUAUUAAUAAUGGUAGAGGCCCUUAUGUUUAUCGUCUCAAUGGUCAAAACCAUCACGUGUUUGGGCAGUUGAUACCAGAUAAUGGGGAAGAUCCAAAAUUCUGCCAGCUUUACAUCUAUGACACGGGGAAUGAAGUCAACAACCGCCUCCGGUGGGUCAAUGUAGCUGAUAACCAGGAAGUGGAUGAGGAUGUUGUUCAGGGUCUCAUACAGAUGCUUGACCAGACUAAUGAGUUGGUGCAUAAAUUUCGGAUGGCACGUGAUCGCUGGGAAAAAGAUCACAUGGUCGAUUUGAAAGUGGAGUUGAAAGUUUGCAGAGCACAAAGUGGAAGAGAAAACCACAUAUCAUCUUCUGAUGAGGUUGCUGGAAUAUUGGUUGAAAUUUGGUGGUUUGCAGAGGAUUUCUUAUAUUCACCCAAAAUUGAUGUCACUUCAGUAUCCUUUGCUAUUUCCUUGCGGAGAAGAUGGUUACGACGACAAGAUACCCUUCCAGUCUCCGAAAAGAACUCGCGCAAGGACUGUGAUAUGAUAUCUUUGAAAGAUUAUUAUUGUUACAGGUUUCAAGUUCGACCAAAUGAAGGUUACACACCACGUCUAGGUGGCAGACUUUUUCAGCAAUAUAUGGUUGAUGAAUUCUCUACUAUCGAGCAAACACGGUUGUGGUGGUUCAGGACACAUCAGACUACACUGCGCAAUGAGUUGUAUAGUCAUAUUUGUGAUUCUUUGCGCAAGGGUGAUUCAAACUCUGCCACAGUAGGCAAAGGUGUAAUACUACCAGCUGGAUAUGUUGGAUCCAAACGUUAUAUGCAACAAAAUUUCCAAGAUGCCCUUGCUGUCUGUCGCCACGUAGGACAUCCAGAUAUUUUCUUGACAAUGACAUGUAACUCAAUGUGGGAUGAAAUACAGCGGAUGAUGACUUAUGUGCCAGGAUGCACUCCUGCAAAUUCUCCCGACAUUGUAUCAAGAGUUUUUAGAUUGAAGCUUGAGCAGUUAACAAAUGAUAUAAAGAAGAAAUCGUUUUUUGGCAAAUGUAUUGGAGUAAUGUAUGUUUUCGAAUUCCAGAAAAGAGGUUUGCCGCAUGUUCACAUGUUAAUUUGGUUGGACUCUGCUUCUAAAAAGUAUCUCAAAGAAAAUGUUGACAAAUUUGUGUCUGCUGAAAUUCCGGAUCCUAUCAAAGAUCCGGCAGGUUAUGCUGUUGUCAAAGCGUUUAUGAUCCAUGGGCCAUGUGGUUUGGAAAACACUAAAUCUCCUUGCAUGAAGAAUUUAAAGUGUAUAAGACAUUUCCCUAAGAAGUACUGCUCCCGGACCAUCUUUGACGAAAGUGGAUUCCCUGUAUAUAUGAGGCGUAAGCAAAAUAUUACAGUCAAAGUAAGGAAGGCAGAGUUGGAUAAUCAAUGGGUUGUCUCGUACAAUCGUGAUUUAUUGGUCAAGUACCAAUGUCACAUGAACAUUGAGAUUUGUUGUCAUGCACGCAGUAUCAAAUAUUUAUUUAAAUAUUGCCUUAAAGGACAUGACACUGCGACAGUUCACGUGACUGGGAGGCGUAAGAAAAAACUUCCUCAAAAUCCUGAUGAGCCAGUUGAUGAAAUUCAAGCGUAUUUUGAUGGACGUUAUGUUUGUGGAGCAGAGGCGGCAUAUAGAAUAUUCAGCUUUCCAAAACAUCACAGAACACUCUCUGUUGAAAGACUACCAUUUCAUUUACCUGGCCAAAAAAGCUGCACCUUUCAUGCUAAUGAAAACUUGGGAAAAGUUGCAGACAAAGAAAAAGAUCGAUUGAGUAAAUUAGAAGCUUUAUUUCUUCUAAACAGGUCUGAUCCAAAUGCGAAUUCUUACACGUAUGAUCAAAUACCCCAACACUACGUCUGGAAUGAUGGUAGCCGAAGGUGGACUCCAAGGAAAAAAGGACAGCAGAUUGGCCGGCUGACAUAUACUCAUCAUAGCAGCGGUGAAAUAUGGUAUCUCCGCAUGUUAUUAACCAAGGUACAAGGUCCUACUUCAUUUGAAAUGUUAAAAACUGUAAAUGGUGUACAGUUUAAUACAUUCCGUGAUGCAUGUAAAGAAUACGGGUUGCUUGACGACGACAACGAAUGGCAUGUAGUUUUAGACCAGUGUGCUGCUGGUGGUUUGCCACCUCAAAUACGGCAAUUGUUUGUUCAUAUUAUUAUGAAUUGUAAAGUCACUGAUCUUGCCAACCUGUGGGACAAGCACUGGAAUCAAAUGGUUGAUGAUAUAUUAUUGAAGAGGCGUCAAAGAACCGAGAAUUCCACCCUUAUUCUCAAUGACAUGCAACUUCAGUAUUAUGCUCUUGCAGAAAUUGAUGACUUGCUCCGUUCUGUUGGCAAGAGUUUGAAGAACUACACUCAGUUGCCACAACCCCCUACAAGCUAUUUACAUAUUGGUACCAAUAAUUUAAUUCUAGAGGAAACAAACUACAAUCUUGGGGAGAUGGCUGCUGAGCACCAGAAGCUGCUUUCCAGUUGCAACAACGAGCAGCUAAGUGUAUACAAAGCUGUAAUGAAAUCUGUUGAAUCUAAUGAAGGGGGUCUUUUUUUCCUUUACGGGAGCGGAGGUUGUGGAAAGACCUAUGUUUGGAGAACCUUGAUUGCGAAACUUAGAUCUCAAGGUGACAUAGUUCUUCCUGUUGCUUCUUCUGGGAUAGCAGCAACACUUUUACCCGGUGGUAGAACUGCGCACUCUAGAUUCAAAAUCCCCAUUGUGCUUGAUGAUUACUCACUUUGCAAUAUAGCUCACAACUCAGACAUAGCUGAGCUGAUUAGGCAGACAAAACUAAUCAUUUGGGAUGAAGCACCUAUGCAACAUAGCUAGGUAUG